AUGUCAACCCAUCGGCUCCGCUACUCAAAAUUACGUCGAACGUGUUACUCAGAAACCGAACUGAAUAAUAUCUUCGAACGGCAUUCAAGAACAUUACUUGAUCAGAAACGAAAGAUGAUCAAUGAACUCAAUGAAUGGGCCGAUAAUCUAAUUCGUCGAAUUGAGCAAAAUCUUGUUAAACAAAAAAAUCUUGUCGAACACGAAUAUCAAUUACAAUCAAGUUAUCUCCGUCGAAAACAACAAGCAUACCUUGAUUCAACAUUAGAGUAUGAAGAGCAAAAACAUCGACACGAAGUCCGUCAAUUGCUUGAACGAUGUCGAACUAUAAAGUUUCAAUUAGCAUCAUUUGACUACCCCGAACAAAUGAUUCCUUUCAUUCAAAUGCAACCAAAACAGCAGUCGAACCGAGAUUUGUUAACAUUGAAUCAUCGCAAUGUGCAUCAUACGAAAACAAGAGCUUCGAAUUGUAUGACUACAGAUGAUAUCAGAGAUGAAAAAUGUCCUGUGUGUUUUAUGAUCUUUUCGUUAUCGAUGACAACUACCGAUCGGGCACAACAUGUAAAUCAGCAUUUUGGAGACAGUUGA